GGGCUCUCCCCGCUGCGGGCCGGACCCUGCAGUAGUAGCUCGAGCGGGCACCGAGAGCGCAAGUCCUCUUCCGGUCGCCUCCACGCACCCUACAGUCCUGUCCUUCACCGAGCUGGUUGGAGUCUAGCCGAUGAAUUUGGGGAAGAUAGACUUCCGAGACAGACAGACGGAGGUUUAGGGCCCAGCAGAGGACAGCUCGGCAAUGGCUCCCAUUUUUGGAGACGCAGGCGAUUUUGAGCUCAUGGGGAGGUGUGGUCGGCUCCUCUUGAGACAGAAUGGGGGCUUCAGUUCUCUGCCUCUGUAGCCAGUGCUUCUGAGGAGUGAAUGCAGUGUAUGGAGCAGGGCACGUGCCUUCCCUUCUUGAAAACUUGACCCGGGACAUGUUAGGAACAAAAGGUGUCCAGGACGUCCCUCUGUUGCAAGUCGUCUUUACUUCUGGGGGAAAGGCUAUGAGCUACUAGGUGGCUUCUCAUGACGGGGAAGCCUCCCUUACCUUUUCUGUACUCCUGGAGGGGCGUCUUGCUCACUUGUUUACCAGCAUCUGGGACAAAGAAGAGAAAAGAAAUGAGCCGUCAGACUGCAACAGCAUUACCUACUGGAACCUCAAAGUGUACACCAUCCCAGAGGGUACCUGCCCUGACUGGCACAACUGCGUCCAACAAUGACUUGGCGAGUCUUUUUGAGUGUCCGGUCUGCUUUGACUAUGUGUUACCACCCAUUCUUCAGUGUCAGAGUGGCCAUCUUGUUUGUAGCAACUGUCGCCCAAAGCUCACAUGUUGUCCAACUUGCCGGGGCCCGUUGGGAUCCAUUCGCAACUUGGCUAUGGAGAAGGUGGCCAAUUCAGUACUUUUCCCUUGUAAAUAUGCCUCUUCUGGAUGUGAAAUAACUCUGCCACACACAGAAAAAGCAGACCAUGAAGAGCUCUGUGAGUUUAGGCCUUAUUCCUGUCCGUGCCCUGGUGCUUCCUGUAAAUGGCAAGGCUCUUUGGAUGCUGUAAUGCCGCAUCUGAUGCAUCAGCAUAAGUCUAUUACAACCCUACAGGGAGAGGAUAUAGUUUUCCUUGCUACAGACAUUAAUCUUCCUGGUGCUGUUGACUGGGUGAUGAUGCAGUCCUGUUUUGGCUUUCACUUCAUGUUAGUCUUGGAGAAACAGGAAAAAUACGAUGGUCACCAGCAGUUCUUUGCAAUUGUACAGCUGAUAGGAACACGCAAGCAAGCUGAAAAUUUUGCUUAUCGACUUGAGCUAAAUGGUCAUAGGCGGCGAUUGACUUGGGAAGCCACUCCUCGAUCUAUUCAUGAGGGAAUUGCAACAGCCAUUAUGAAUAGUGACUGCCUAGUCUUUGACACCAGCAUUGCACAGCUUUUUGCAGAAAAUGGCAAUUUAGGCAUCAAUGUAACUAUUUCCAUGUGUUGAAAUGGCAAUCAAACAUUUUCUGGCCAGUGUUUAAAACCAUUGCAUUCAGUUUCACAGAGAAUAAGGCACCUGUCUGCCUACCAACCAGAAGCUUUUGGUAGGUGGAAGCUAGACACAUGAAGGUAAAUAAAAGGAAAGGCUGUUAAAUACAGGAAACAGUUGCAUGUAGUAACACUAAUAUAUUUAAAAAUAAGUCAACAGUAAACCACUGAAAAAAAAAUAUAUAUAUACACCCAAGAUGGGCAUCUUUUGUAUUAAGAAAGGAAGCAUUGUAAAAUAAUUCUGAAUUUGUGUUUGUUGUAGAUCGAGUGUACUGUUAAAAAAUAUUGGGUUCUUGUUUUUUGUGUGUGUGUGUGAG